UUACUAUUCUUGUGUCGAAACGCCCACUAGCACUUCGCCCCAGUACAUCACAGGCUUUAGGCCCAGUACUAGUUCGCCGUCCAACAUUGGUGUCGCCGGAAACCCUGAAAAAUAACUCAGCAAUCAACGACGAUGGGUGGUGAUCGGAGCAAGAGCACGAGCAGCAGUGAAGAGGACGGAGAUGCUGAUUGGAGAGCUGCUAUAGAUUCUGUCGCUUCCACUACUACAUUUAGCAAAACUACCGCCAAACCUCAUUCCUCAUCCGCUGCUACUAACGAAGAUGAAAUUGAUACUAAACGACCCCAGAAUCUCAAACAUUAUCAAAUAAAGGCCCAGAAGACUUUGGAAGACAUCUUAGACAAGACUAUAGAAAUAGUGAGAGACAUUGAUCAUGCUUCGCAGGAAGCUCCCUCGGUGAAUGGAGGCGGAAUCCGAUUGUUCAAGCGUGCUCCACUAGGGAUUGUGUUUGAUCACACAGAUGAACUCCAACAACCCAGAAAGAAACCAAGAAUUCAUCCUGGGAAAGGAAUUGAGGAGAAGUCAAAAGAGUUUAAAUACCAAAUCAAGUCCGUUGCUGUUGAUGGGAUGGAUAUUUUAGCUGCAUCAAAAAAUGCUUGCCAGAAAUCAUUGGCUAGACUAGAAGCAAGAGAAGCAGCAGUUAAAGCUGCUGCUAAAAGAGAGGAAGAAAGAGUUGCAGCACUAAAAGGAAUUAGGGGGGAGAGAUGGCUCCCUUCUGUGGCCAGAGAAAUGCAGUUAAGGCUUCAACGACGUUGACAUAUGUAGAUGGACUAGGCUUCCAUUAUUCAGCACUCAUGUUUCAUUCUUUUACUCUUUAAGGUUUCCAUAGCUCAUUUCAGCCUCUGUUUUAUGUUAGGCUACCUGAGCCGCUGUCAUUGUUAUUUCCAGAUAAAGAUAGUGACACUGUUCAGUAUUGCCCGAAAAAAGAAAAGUUUCUUUUGAUUAAGCUGUUUGACAUUUCUGUAUUAAAGUUAAAGUCUGGUUAUUAGACUACCAAACAAUUGGUGUCAAGGCAAAGCAUUGCUGUAUUCAUUUGCAUCUGAAGAUCGCUGGUGAUCAUAAAUGCCAGUCAGUGAUUCGAUGGUC